GUGUUUGUUAUUGUUUCAAUUUUAAGUUAAUAUUAAUUUAUUCAAGACUGAAAAAAGUAUUUAAUAUCUGUGAUAUUAAAAUGCCUCGUAAAAGAGUAAAAAAAUCUAAUCGUGGAGAAGCGUCCACUGAAACGUAUGAAACUGCUUGCAAGCGUAUUUCGGAAACAAAACAAACGAUACGAAGUGCUGCUAAAGAAUUCGGUCUUUCCUAUCCUACAUUAAGAAGAUAUUUUAUAAAAUUCAAGAAAGGUGAUAAUUUGAAUGUUGGGUAUCAUCCUCACAACAAAGUUUUUUCAUUGGAGCAAGAACAAUUACUCGUCGACUAUUGUUUAACUUCAGCAAACAUCACACUUCUCAUAAACUCCAACCGCUUGAUAGAAGUGUCUUUGGUCCAUUUAAGCAUCGUUUUAACGCUGAAUCCGAUCGUUGGUGUAAAAGUCAUCCUGGGGUUCGUAUGACUAUCUACGAUAUCCCUUCUGUAACUGCAGAAGCUAUUUCAUCAGUAACAGCAGAAAAUAUAAAAGCUGGUUUUAAAUGCACUGGUAUUUAUCCAUUUAAUCCUAACAUAUUUUCUGAUGAAGAAUUUUCACCUGCCACUGUUACUGAUAUGCCACUAUCAAAUGACAAGCCUGAUCAAUUAGCUCCCUCAUGCAAUACUUCAGUUGACAAUCCUCAUCAUACUGCUGCUCCAAGUUUGACUUCUCCAAUUGACAACAACGAUGGUAUAUUGCGUGAUAAAACUAAUCAUGAGCAAGUAAACAUCGUUACUCCUUCACAAAUACGGCCUUUACCACGGGCUCAAUUAACUCAAAAAGCAAGAAAGGGUCGAGUACGCGGUAAGACGGCAAUUUAUACUGAUACACCUGAGAAAUUAGAAAUAGAAGCUAGAACCAAUGCAAAGAAACCCAAAAUUUUACAAUUAGACGAAGAUAUGGAUGUUAAUAAAGAAAAAAAGAAACCAAAAACAUUAAAGUCAACUAAUAACCAAAAAAAAAGAGUACAAAAAAAAAAGAAAUAAUUAUUUGUACCUGAGAUUGUUUUUUUUUUAAUAAAUAAGU